UUCGGACCGUGCUGUGGCAGGCUGACGGGCAGGACUACAGAGUGGAUUCCCAGUGGUUGAAGCGGCGGGAGUGGGAGUGGAGCCUCCACAAAUCGGACAAGACCGCAGCUGGAGAGACGUGUCCCGAGCCAGAGCUCCAGUUAGCAGGCUAACCUGGCUAACCAACCUCCAAACCAUAAAAUAUACUCCAUCCACUAACUACAGACGGAGCGGGAUGGUUGCAGAGUCAGAGGAUUGUGCCAUGAUAUUACAGCAUCGUGUUGUUGAUGUUUUCCGAGCCUUGAGUUAUGCUCUCUCGAAAGAAAAGUAAAAACGAAGCGUCUAAACCAGCCGAGGUACACGGAAAAUAUGUGAAGAAGGAAACGUCGCCGCUCCUGAGAAAUCUCAUGCCCUCAUUCAUCCGCCAUGGACCCACUAUUCCCAGACGCACCGAGGUUCCCCUGCCGGACAUGGGCCCCUCUGCGUACCCAGUGGCCCCCAACCGGGAGACCGUGGUGUCCCGUCGAACCCCUGUGCCGAGGCCCCCCCAUGAGGUAGCCCGCAGAGAGACCCACCGGGUGUCGGCCCCCCCGUUCAUGCCCCGCAGCCUGGGAGACCUCUCCCACGAGUACGGGGGUUCCUCCCAGUCCUUCGUCACAGACAUGGGCCCCCGGUCUGAGAACGGAGACCCCACUCGGUAUUACUACCCCUCGGAGCCCUACUAUGGAAGCCAGCAGCAGCGCCCUCCCAGGAGGAUCCCAGACAGCUUCCCAGAGGAAUACAGAUACUGUGAUCGAAAUGAGCACAACUUACAGAGACACCCAAGACAACACACACCCCCGGCCCCCAGCAGACCCCCCUCAGGGAUAGGUCGAAUACAGGCCAAGUCCCUGGGCAAUCUCUCCAGUCUGACGGGAGAGGACCUCCCUCUUCCGGCCGGCUGGACGGUCGACUGGACGAUCCGUGGUAGGAAAUACUACAUUGACCACAACACUAACACUACACACUGGAGCCACCCUCUGGAGAGGGAGGGGCUCCCCCCAGGCUGGGAGAAGGUGGAGUCUGCUGAGUUUGGGGUCUACUAUGUGGAUCACAUCAACAAGAGGGCGCAGUAUCGUCAUCCCUGUGCUCCCAGCGUGCCCCGCUAUGAUCAGCCCCCCCCUUUACCCCCUCCUGUCACCUACCAGCCCCUCCCUGCAGAACGGAACCAACCCGUCCUGGUUCCAGCGAACCCCUACCACACAGCAGAGAUCCCAGACUGGCUACAGGUCUACGCCCGCGCACCACUCAAGUAUGACCACAUCCUGAAGUGGGAGCUGUUCCAGCUGGCUGACCUGGACACAUACCAGGGGAUGCUGAAGCUGCUGUUCAUGAAGGAGCUGGAGCACAUUGUCAAAUCGUACGAGGCGUACCGGCAGGCACUGCUGUCCGAGGUGGAGGCUCGCAAACAGCGGCAGCAGUGGUACGCUCAGCAGCCCAACAACAACUUCAUAGGGAACAUGUAAUGUGGACUGAACGCAGCCUGGCCACACCCCCCUGAGGUUUCCGCAGUUUGGGAGCGGUCAGCGCUUCAGCGUUUCCCUUUGAAAUCAGCAUUGACUUUUAAUUGCCUCUUUUUUACCAAACACAUCUGUGCCUUCGCUUGAUCCAAAUAUAUCAGCCUGGAAGUUGAGACAGAAUUUAUGAAUGACCAUGUGACUGAAAGAAUACACCCUCCAAUGAAGAAACACAACCUAUAAUGUGCUAGAUGUGAGGAGGCCUGUGGUGCCAUUUAUAGCCCUGAAAACUGAAUCGCUGUAUGGAUUUCUAUUUCCAAGACUGAAGAGUCCAACAAAGCACAAAAAAACAAAAACCUGCUCUGGAUAUUUGUUGGAAAACAUCCUGAAUUGUGCCUUUGGUAAAAGAAACGCUGGAUUUUUCCAGUGUUGUAUUGCGUAUACACCAGCUACUCCAUCAGUGUUUCCUGUGAGGACACAAAGGCAGGCAGCUUCUCCUCAUUUGUUUCCAUAUGAAAUACUCUGACUUAUUCUCUUUCUUGUGUUUUGUUCCCCUCAUUAACUGAAACCACACUAUUUUACAUUAAACUCAAAAAAUGUGCAUUGUUCUUUUCAAUGACAUAUCCUUUAUAUGACAAUCCACCAAAACGUCACAGAUAUUUAAUACAUUUUGAUAAGAAGCGUCUUUAUUGAAAGACCCUGUGGGAUGAAGCAUCACAUUGGAUGCAUUUCGAGCAUCUCUGGGCUCUUGGCAUUACUGUAAAAUCAGCAAUAUUUUUUAGUUUGUGUCUAUUUAAACAUAUAUAAGCUACUGGAACUUUUUAAAGUUACAAUCUAACACUUCAGAAGACACAUUGAGUUUGCCAAAAAAAAAAAAGUGCAAUUCAGUUUCACUGUUUCAUUAUUUAUGGAUGUUUCUUUCCUAAAGAUAUUUUCUGCAGUGACACAUCACCUCUGUGGUGUUAAUGAAAGUACAGGAAAACAUUCUAUUGAUUACAUAUUGAUCACCACCUUUUAAAGAAGUCUUCAUUUGAUACAUUUUAAUAUUUGUAACUAAUUCAAAGCAAAAUAAAUAUUUUUCCAUUUCAGACUUGCAUACAAGCCAUUAAGAAUAAGUAAUAAUAUGGAUUUGACUGAUUAGUGAGCAGUAUACCGUCUGUAAUGGACCAUCUUCCUUCACUAUGCAAGAAGGUCUCAAUCAUAUCAUUUCAGAGCGGUGUCAUGUCUUUGUACAUACAUCAUUUUGUGGAUUUGCAACUACAAGACAUAAGCAAUAAAGUCUGCAGUGAAGAAAAUACAACCCCUUUAUAUUAUACUUCUUUGCUCUCAAACAGAUGUGGUGGCUAGAUGUUGAAGUAAUUAAAAACACAUUUCAGACUGUUUGGAAGAUCUCAAAGGUUUUCCCGGAUGGCAUCAAGUUUAAUAAAUAACUCGAGUAUGGUUUUCA